AUGAUAUCAUCUUUGGUCCAGGUCUUUGGUGGGUGUUGUACAAAUGUCUUUGUUUUAGAUAAGCUCAUGGCGAAGAAUGAUACCAUACCGUCAGACAAUUCAUCCAAAUCGCUUGCGAGUCUUAUAACAUUUUCUCAAUUUUUGUUUGUCUCAAUGGCUUCGUACACCCAUAAUACAGACUUCAAGAAUGGCCAAUGGUCCCGUUUAUACUUAAAGAAGUCCAAUGUGCCCAUGCGUAAAUGGCUAGCUUUGGUUUCCAUGUACUUUGCAAUAUCGUUGAUGAGCAACUGGACCUUUUCCUGCAAUAUUAGCGUGCCUAUGUAUAUUGUAUUCAGACUGUCAGGGACAGUGAUAACCAUGCUUGUUGGUUGGAUGUUUGGUGGAAAGUCGUACAAUACUUCACAGGUGGUGUCAUGCUGUGUUAUAACCCUUGGAGUCCUUAUCAACUCGCUACCAGCUGACUUAAGCGAUGAAAGGUCGUUAUCCUUCGAAAUAGAACCGAAGUUCUUACUUGGGAUAACACUACUCAUGGUGUCAACUUUACUUCUGGCAUUUAUGGGACUCUAUAGUGAACUGAUCCACUCUAAGUAUGGGAACCAGUGGAAGGAAAGUUUAUUUUACUCCCACUUUUUAGCAUUACCACUAUUUCUCGUCGUUUUCCCACAAAUCAAGGCAGAGUUCAUACAAGUAUGGAAGGUUGAUAACAUAUCUCGAGAUGCAUUCCAAUAUCUUGUUCCCUUUGGAAUCGUUGUAUCGGACCAAUCUGUGAGUCUACUCUUCAACGUUGUUUCCCAAUACAUCUGUAUCAGAGGAGUCAGCCUACUUGUUGGUAGUAACAGUGCCUUGACCGUGACGGUGAUUCUACUCAUUCGAAAGAUUCUUAGCUUGUUCAUUAGCAUAGCUUGCUUUGGACAUGAGCUAACGAGGAAUGGAUUAAUUGGAGGCUCAAUGGUACUCUCAGGAGCAGUGUUAUACUCGCUAGCGGGCCAAAAAAACAAAAAGAAGUCAUUGAAAAAGGGAAAGAAGGAUAUAUAG